AUGGGAUUCUGCAGCGGCCCUUCAGAUGUCCAGGUGCUCCCAAAGAACACCUCAUCCUCAUCGUCGCCGUCUUCCUCGUCAUCGGCUGAUAAAGUUUCCGGCGACAGUGGCAAGAACAAGAAACAACAGGGUAUAAAGAAGGAAGAGAGGAAGGAGAAGAAAAGGAGCAAUCUUGACCGGGCUGCGCUCACGACGCCCCACUUCCCUUUUCAUUCUCGCCCCGGUCUUCUGUAA